AUGGCCCCUCCCACCACAGCAAUCGUCCUCGUCGACCCCUACAACGAAUUCCUCCACCACGAGGGCAAAAUCUACCCGUCCGUGAAAGAAUCCCUCGAGGCGACGGGCACAAACGACAACCUGCGCACCCUCGUCGCCGCGGCGCGCAAGCAGAAAAUCCCCAUCUUUUACGCCCUGCACAAGACGUGGAAGGAGGGAAACUAUGCCGGGUGGACGCACCUCACGCCGUCGCAUAAAGGUCUGGCGGCCGCCAAGGGUAUCGCGGAGGGCAGCUGGGGCGCGGAGAUCUUGGAGGGGCUUGAGCCGGAUGUGGUGAACCACUUCGUCUGGAAGGAAAAGAUCGAGUGUUGA